UACACACAGUGGGAGCGUAGUGGAGAGAACCACCGCAUUGUGCUCUAGUUUUAUUCUAAACUAAAUUUCUGCGUCGUUGCAGGUUGUACAGCGAUAGCUGAGCACAUCUUUGCCUAGUUGAACAUACACUGAAAGCACGGUCCUGACAGUAGUAGCACAAGCUAAACUCUUUUGUAGCGUGAGCUAAGGACCCUGCCUUUUCCAGCAACUACUACUCCUGAGUCCUGUUGAGCUUGCCCGGUCGCGACUUUUUGCAGAUACCACUGACCGUUGAUCUGUAGUGGGAAGGUUGGCGGCGUUCGCUCUUCGCAGUAUUAUAGUUCAAUGACCCGAGUUGCUGUGAGUGUUCUGUCCUUGUCGUGGAGCGCAGAUCCAACCGUAGCCUGAGCUUGGAUUUUCCGCCGACCUGUUCAUUCCUUGGAGUUUUGUACCUGCGCCGUGAGCUGGUGCGCGCAGGCUUUGUUGCCUAGUUGUCUUCGUGGAUAGGCAGUUUUGUGCGCCGUGCUUCAUGGUGGAUUCAGUGCUUGCUAGUGCUCUGAGGUGGCGGCUCAGGUAAAUAGAGCCAGUGGAGGAAUGGCGUUUGUGCGCGCCUGUUCUCGUAUGCUCGUGACCAUCGCUCUGCUAUUAUGCUCAGGGUUAGCACGGGAUGCGAUAGCGCUGCAAGCCACCUCGGCUGACCCGUUUCACUUGUUUGCAUAUGGGGACGGCACAGCGCGUGCAUUCCAGCAUGUAGAGGGCUGGUCAAGUGAUGACUGGGUGCAGCUGCACCUAGUUCAAUAUGAAGGAGACAACGCGCUACAGAUCAAGCAGCUGCAGCUUGUUGGCUCAGACGUGUUUGUUCUCACGAAUGAUAACGAACUGAGGAAGCAUUCGAACUUCAAUGGCACCUUCACGGGCGAAGCAAGAACCAGUCGGCUGGUGGCGAAGGAUGUAACGGCGUUUGCUGUGGAUGAAUUUCAGUCGCUGGUCUACUACGUCAGCCGAGAGAGAAUACCGCAGGCGGGCAGUGCCGAACCGUGGCGACUGUCCGUUUCCACGUACAACGUCUCCUUGCAGCGGACGCUGAUAGGCAACGGUGCAGCUCCCGCGGCAGACGUCAUGGCGGUAGACAGCAGGAAUGGCUUUGUUUAUAUGAUCGCGAAGCGAAGCUCUGACCGGGCUGUGCUGACAAGAACCAAACUUGACGGGUCGUUCAGGAAGGAGCUACGCUUUACCACCGAGAGAGGCGCUCGCCUGUCCUCGCUGGUAGUCAGUCGUUCAGGAAAGCCUGCCGUGUUCUGGAUUGAGACAAGCCCCACUUCGUCGCGAUUACUGAGAUCUCUCAGCACGUCCAAGAUAAAGAUGCCGAUUUCCUCCACUCGUCCAGGACCGGUGAUGCAUAUGUGGUCCACUCAUCACGGUAUUCACAUCGUAGAGGAUUUUGACGCGAGCAAUGCCACCGCCCGUGUGCGCACCUUUCAGAACAAGAACAAGAACUUCCGCGAUGACGUCGUGUUUGGCCUCGGCACGGAGACAUCAUCACCUUCCCACCAUUCUGAUGAUUGUACACAGAACACCUGCCCUGGUAAUCACCUGUGUAUACCGAUGCCCAGUGCCAGCUACACUCCAGCACUGUCAUACAACCACCUAUGCCUUCGAGCGACAACAUUCUCGGCGUGGAGCAGCACCCGCCUCAACUUCACCGGCCUUGAUUCCGUGCUAAUGCUAGCUGCCGGUGAUCUAAUCGCGGCCGUCUUCCUGAACCAGUUCGACGCCAAUAACAGCACCAUCAUCGAGCCGUUCUACCAGGAGCGCGGCUUGAAAGCCGGGGCUGUCAGCGGCGGACCUGGCGGUGUGUUCUGGACCCACGAGCAGCGCAGCGCCUCCAAGGUCUACAAGUCCAGCCUGGACGGUGCUGACCAGACACUGCUGGAGACCAACGGCAUUGAUAUGGCGCAGGCAAUUGCUUCCGAGGCCACAUCAGGUGUGGUCUUGUGGAAUGAUGAUCGUCGUCAGAUUACUGUGGAAAGUAUGGACGGUCGUGUUCGUUUCGUAGCUGUAAAGAGUAACUACACACUCGAUGGCCUGGCAGUGGACUCCAGCAAAGGACGUGUCUACUGGAUUGAAGACUCUCAUUACAUCAUGAGCUCAUUCCUGGAUGGCACUGGUUUGAAACGAGUCGUAGAGGGGAACAUGUCUGGUGUACAUCUGCUGGCAAUUGACAACGCUGUGUCACCGGCACAUCUCUACUGGGUAGACAAGCUGGUCAUCAACUAUCUGAAGCUGGACGGCGUGACCACCCACCCCAAAUCGUUGCAGCCUAAGCUGACAAUCAUACCAACGGCCAUGACUGUGGGCAAUGGGUCUAUCUACUUGGCAACCCAGGACUCGGCCAAUCAGGACUCAGUCUACAAGGUGGAGGCUCGCCGUGGCACGUGGGCCAUGAUUCCGAUACGAGAAAACAUCCCUGGCUUAUCUUCGAUAUCGCUGAUCAGCUUCAGCGGUCCUCAGCGCCACUCGGCUUGUGAGGACGAAACCUUCUCGUGCAGUGGUGUGUGCCUCACAAAUGAGCAGUCUGAACGCACGUGCUACUGCGAGCCUGGCAGUCAGCCAGCCGAGGUGCCGACCACCAACAAGUGGACUUGCCGAGGUCCGGAUCCAGAGGUCUUCAUGGCCGGAGACAACACACUCCUGCAGUUGCACCUUACCAUCCAGCGUCCUCUGGCACCGUCAUCGCUGACUUUACCAGAAUGUCCACACAGCAAGCCACACAACUGCUAUGUGCUGGCUGUGGAUCGUCUCCGCCAUCGUAUCUUCAUAGCUGUCCGAGGAGGGCAAGUCAUCUACGCCAGCUCCUACUUCAAUGCACCUGACAAGCUGGUUCAGGUACUCAACACCGGUAGUCCCCUCUCUUCUGGCAUCGGCGGCAUGGACUUUGAUGUCCAGUCCUCCAAUCUCUUCUGGACGGACUCACGCUCAAAUUUUGUGGAAGUGGCGCACAUCGACAGAAGCACAGGUGCUGCACUUCAUCGAACACUGCUGAUCAAGAAAGGGCUGCAUCAUCCCCAUCACAUUGCUGUUGAUCCUGUUGAGGGAGUCAUGUACGUGUCGAUGCACAAUCAUGCGCGGAACGAGUCUUCCGUUGUUGUGGCAACGAUGCAUGGCCGAACAGUGGUCAAGGAUGUGUACCGCGCCUGGGGCAGUAAGCCCGCGGUGCACUCCAUGGUACUACAUAGACACCGGUACAAGACGCCCAGUCGCCUAUCACUGCCCUCGCUCUUUCUUGCCGUCGGCGCGGACAUUUUGCACGUGGACGUGACGGACUGGGCUCGCACACGGCCCGUGCACACGUUUACCAAUGCCAACAUCACGUGCGAUCACCUGGCCCUGUCACAGCACGCUCUGCUGUUCACAACUAAAGGCUCCAGUCGAGAGCUGUUCUCGGCAGAGAUUGAUGUCGGUCUUCCAGAUUCAGGACGACCGCUGAGCCUGCACAAAGCUCAGCCCCUCUCACCGGUCACUGUCUCUUCACCUAUUGCAUACGGUGGAAGUCUUGCAGCCGGAGAGGAGAUCUUUGGUGCCUGCUCUGAGUCCUGGUAUUGCAGAGGUCUGUGUAUGCCUCAGUACCGCUCUCACACUGGACAAGUUGUAUCACCUACGGGCAGGUUCAGCCAAUGCUUUGGACGCAGGACCACUGUGGCUGAUCCGGAUAGUCAGCACCAGAUCAAUGAUGGUUCGCCUUCAGGAGAUGUUGAUACGAUCCUGGUAGCGACACGAGAUGGUCUGUUGUACCUGGUAAACAGUAGCCACAGCCACAGUUCACGGCACACCACCACCGUUAGCGGUGACAAUGGCGCUGGCGGCCGUGCUGGCGGUGCAGUAGUUGCCCUGGAGAACGAAACGCAGCUGCCGCUGCGCCUCACCAAGCGUCCGCGGAGCAUCGCCUACGACCGCGCUCGCCACCAGGUGCUGUGGCUCGACACGGAGACCAAUGCGAUAAAGUCGGGCGCGUUCGACGAGGCAAACUACACCAGCUUCUAUGCUCCUGGUUUCUCCGGUUACACACGGGAGGCUGAUGCCAGUCACAGCCUGCAUCAGGUAACGCUGAACAGUGUCAACGGCUAUGUGUACCUCGUGGGUGGCAAGGAGAAGUUGCAAGUCCUGGAUCAUAAUGGAACCAUGCUGGGACGCAUCGUACUGCUGCUUGCCAAGCCAAGACUGCUAGCUGCCGAUGAAGUCACUGGAAUGAUAUUCUGGAUAGAGGAUUCGCAGAAGGCCGAUGAUAUAAUCCAGGGGGCUAGCUUUGGCCACCCAAGGUACAGCAUUUUCUUCAGGCUCCGUGGCAACAACGCCUUCAACAUAACCGCCAUGGCCGCCAACCACAAUCGGCUGGUGUUUGCCGAAAACACGAAAAACACGAUUCGCAUGUGCCUCUUCAAGGACUAUGACUUCAGCACGACGGACCCAAUGAUGCAAACCAAGUGUCGUUCACAUACGGCUCUACUGGCGGGUACAGGCCAAGUGAAUUCGGUGAUCAUCUCCGGUAAUACUCUUUACUACGCCAACCAGAGUGGUCUGUGGAUGCUAGCUCUACCAGAGGUGAAUAGAUCAUCGUGGACUGUCCUAGGGACACGUCAUGUGCCCCGACAACUAGCCUCAGCCGAUGAUAUCCAGUCCGCGACCUUGUAUCGUGCUGGUGUGCGAAAUGACACCAGGCGUUCGCCUAAUGGCUGUGAGCUGAGCAACCCGUGUCGCUAUUUCUGCCAGUCAGUGGGUACCCAGCACGUCUGCAGCUGUCCAAUGGGAAUGGUGUUGCUUAGCGACAAUCACACGUGCAUUAAAACGAACUGCAGUAGUUCCGAACACUACUGCCAGUACGGAGUACAGUUUGGUGGUGGUAUGCAGGAGACCAAGGAGAAGAAGUGUGUGCCGUUCACGUACGAAUGUGACUCUGGUUGCGACUGCCGGAAAGACUGCAGCGAUGAAGGAGAGUAUUGUACAUGUCCAGAUGGUCAGUUCCGGUGUCCGGUAACUGCCCGCGAGAAGUUCAAGUGCUACACGGCCGAGCAGCGGUGUGACGGCACUGCAGACUGCGAGAACUACCACCAAGGAGAUGAGAGAAACUGCUCAGUAAUGUGUAUGGGUAGAGGAGAGAAGAUGUGUCAUGACAAUGCAACUGGCGAGCCUAUUUGUGUCAAAGAGGAGCACUUCUGUGAUGGUGUUGCACACUGUUCCAGCGGCAUUGAUGAGGAUGAACUCCUGUGUGGCACGGCCGUAACGGAACCAUACGAACUCCAGGACACGUCCUCGCACAGCCUGGCCAAUCUUCUCACGGGCGUCUUCUCCGCCAUCCUGAUAGCCGCCAUUAUCCUCGGGUUUGUCGUCUUCUACAUGUACCACAAGGGAAGCGGCCCUGGCAGUGUGCACACAAAGAGAAGCUCGCAGGACUCCAUGAUUGGCGGCGAUUCAAGCAGAUUCCAAGUUUCAUCGUCGUCACCUAGCAGUGGCAGUGUGAACGUCAGCGAGGGCAGUCAGAACGCGUCCAACGGCGAUUCGGCUGCAUCUCCCUCAAAGCACACCAGCAGCACACAGGCGGCGGCACGCAAUAUGAUGGAUCUCACGCAGGUGCACAGUGUCAAUAUGGCAGCAGCAACGGCAACGACGACGGCUACCAAUCAGGAGUCCAAUACUUACACGGUGACGGGUGAUCGUAAAAUACCAUCACCGGACAGCUCUCAGAAAGAUAGUGGCCAUGGAGCAGGAUCACCCUGCGACCUUAGCAACAAUGAAAGUGACUCCGACGGCGGAGAGCCUAGCGAUGACCACACGUACACUGACGACGGCAUGUGUUCGGAGGACGAAGGCUUAUCUGCACCCGCCGAUGCUCUGCAAUCUAUCAACAUGGACGAACUUCUUAGCAUUACGACGGCUGAAGUCAACAAAGUGCCGACAAUGAGCAAGCCACCACCAGCGCUGGCAGGCCCUCCUGUACAGCAGCACCGGGCAAGUCCUCUUGUUGUUGGCACCAGUGGUGGCGGUAGUGGUAGCAUACCAGUACACAGCAGUGCAUCACAGCACAUGGCUAUCUACCCACAGUCGCCGGCUGCUCCACCAGCAUACUACAAUGGCGGUGGUGGUGGUGGACCACGGCGACCCAAGCAUGCACCGUACGACAACUACCCACCGCCAGUGUCUGUGGACUACUCUCACAUGUAUGGAGACUGCGGUAGUGAGGAUAUGAGUACAGCUGAUGGUCUGGAUGGUAUGGGUGGUCCGUGUCCCAGUGUCUGUUCUCAACCUAUCAGCUAUGUUGGUCAUCCAGGACAUCCAGCUGCACCUUGUCCCAGUAUCAGUGAUUGCUCAGUGCCAGAUCACAGUGAAGUCUCAGAGUACAGCUAUAGCGACGUCACCGGUGGUAGCAGAUCACAGUACUCUGGAGGAAGCGAGUACAGCAGUGGCACACAGCAGAACCAACAGGCUCAGCACCAUCACCAUCCACACCUGCAGCAGCAACAGGCUCAGCACCAUCACCAUCCACACCUGCAGCAGCAGCAGCGGCUGAAACGAUUUGGUACAUUACCAGAGUAUCCCGACGAAGGUCUGCCGGACAGUGUAUCACAGGCCAUUGACGGCAUGAGCAUGGUGUCCAGUAUAGCCCCACCGGCCCCGCCAUGCGGCUCACCGGCCACCACUGCAGCAGUACAUGUAGAAGAGUAACAGUUCUUGAUAUCACCUAUUGUCACCAGCCCUCCAGACACGUGAUGAUGCCGCAGUAGUCCUACGCAGUCCUCUACGCGGCCGCUCCUGCUUUGCAUGGCGCCGUUUGGGAAUCCGUUUCCCGCAAGACUGCUGCUGCAUUAGUCAUGAUGUGCGUACAGUUCAGGGCGUCUGCACGCACACUUGAGCUAGUGAUGCGAUUGUAGUGCACUGCAUCACCAUUGCUGUAAUUCUCUGCACUGGAUGGGAGAGUGAGUGGCUUGGACUUGAGAGUGUGCGUGCCUGCGUGUGGAUGUGCGCAUGUGUGCGUGUUGCAUGUGUGUACAAGUAUGUGCGUGCGCGUGUGGACAAUGAAAUUUGUUAGAGAAACUACUUCGCAGAUAUAAUUCUGGUGCCGGAUAAAAGUAUCUCUCAUUCACUCUUUCUGUCUCUUAUGUUUAUUCCUUGAGUUUAAUUUAGUUUAUUCUACAUGUAUUCCUCCUAGACAUUUCUGUUAGGCAACACUGCUAUCUUCUCUCACAGACUACCAGGCUUCUUGAAAGAAAAAUUAUAGAAUAAAAUCGCUGAGGACCUGAUGAAAACAAUGUGACAAAUUCCAUGUGCAUUCGGUACACAAUAUUAUUAUGCAUAUACAAAUAGAUUUGCAAUGAUGCUGUCAUCCCAUGCGGACCAGGCAGGUGAUAAUGCUGAAAACGCUUGCUUGAUGUUUGGCCGCAUGCGCUAGGUCACUGAACCACUUCGUAGCUUGCACUGCCUGUCCAGUGUCCUCCCAAGUCGCUGCCAUGGUUACGGCAAACACCUGUUUUAAUUCAGGAAACACUAGAAAUCCAAUGACGGAAAUCCAGUGCGGAAAUCCAGUGAUGUGGAAGAAUUGUCCCAGAGACAAGCAGCAGCUCUGCCAUCCCACUGCUAGAAACUCUCUUGCAUUAGUUCGGCAUUAUCCUCUCUUUCAUUCUCUCCCUCUCUCUGCUUCACUGCUCUCCGAAUGUUAUAUUUGCACAAUCUGCUUAUCCUCAGCCAUAUUGCUGAUCCUGGGUUAGUAUUGUAUUGCUGACUGCUUGAGAUUCACACAUGAUAGACAUGCUUGCUUUCGGUCUAGCUAACAACAAGUUCUUCGAAGUA